UCAGUUUGCCCAUUUGAACGCCACAGGAUGACCACGCCAUCGUAUUCUUCUCAUCUUCUCAGGCAACCUAAACUUUAAGGUUAUGGCUAACGCUUGUCUAUGGGGCUGACAUUGCCACGCCAGUUUGUUGCCCUUCGAUGUAGCCCGAUAAAAUAUAUUAAACUGCUACUUUUUGCAACGAAUAUUGUCCAAAGCAACAUCGUUGAAUUUCAUCUUCACCUCUUAUCCACAACACUAUGGCUACGAGGGAGUUACUCAUCGUUAUCCUCAAUCACACCAACGAGGAGCUCAUCGCAGAGUCCGAAUGGCCACCUCUCAACCACGGAGAAUGGAGCAAGACACUAGACCUUCAGCCGCCGCAAACAAUUCUAGCGGGCGAGAGUGGUAUGCUGCGCUGCAAGUCGAGUCACAUGGGCGGAGGUGUUGACGGUUCAAUCACAUACCGCAUCGUCGGAGUCGAAGGGAGGAACGAGGUUGCGUUUAUCUGGAGCCUCCCGUAUGUUGGGGCAAACAAGUUUAACGCCUGUUGUGCUGUAUCUGACUUUACAGUCGAGAUCUUGGGCGGGCGGGGUAAGGAGGCUGUUGUUGUCUUUGUGUUUGGACCGGCGAAGAUGGCAGAUGUUAGCCCGGGAGAUGGUGUGUGGGCAGCUGUGACUAGAAAUCCUGUCGAGUGCGCCAAGAAUCUUGUCGGUGGCUUCAAUCGCAAUUAA